ACAACGAGGCCAAUAAGGCGGUUUCUCUCCCUCAUGUCAGCUCGCAGCGCUGAAAUGACAUGAAUUCCAUUUCUUGUGAAGUUAUACCUACAGCAUUUCGUCACUAUUUGUCAACAGUCUUGUUUCAGAAAUCUGAAUUGUGAGUAUUGUUAAUAAAUAUUAGUUUAAAAGUAGGUUGAAAGGUCGGGUUCGGUUAAUCAACAUCAACAUGGACCGGACGUGGAUGGAUGGAUUUACAUGCAUGACAUGUAUGUUUUAGUAACUUGGAUACGGACGCGAUCGCGAGUGAUGUCUACAAACCGUGCAAAGGAAAACAAGGGGUGUUGAAACAGCCUACAUUGUACAUGUGCACGUGUAUGUAACUGGUAACCGACCGUAGAAAUGGGAGAUAACGUACCACUACUCAAUGAGUACAAACAGGAAUUUUUCUGGAAACGUUUUCCCCAAACGCUACUAGGCGGACUUAAGCUGCGGCUAGGCUAUGAUGCUCCAGUUUACGUCUACCUCAACCAGAUCAUACUGUUCGUCAUUCCUUUCAUCAUUGGUGGGAUAUUCUCACUUCUCGUAGAGCUAGCAAGCGUUGACAUCCUCAUAGCUUGCUGUGUGGUCGGUGGAUGUGUGGGACUUUAUGUCCUCUCAGCGCAGUUGGUCAGUUUGCUGCUUCAGAGGAGAACGUCUAAUUCAGUCAGGCCAAAUAUCGGGAACAUCCUCUCAGAUGAGGAUGAAGUGGACUUUGAAUCUUGCUUCGGGCCUGAGACGUUAGAUUUUGUCGUCCCGGUGAAGAAAUGGAAAAUCAACAUCUUGUUCCACGCAGUAGUGUCGGGGGGCAUGGCUGGUCUUGGAUUUCUAUAUCUAGUCCCAACCACCUUGAAUGCACUGUAUAGUAAUAACGUCGGAGCAACAGUGGUCAUUUACGCACUGGGAUGGUUUGCAAUAUGCAUCGCUCAGUAUCCGCUCACUGUCACGUCACCACCAGAAGCGGCCGUUUUCAGAGCCACGGAUCCGUACGAGACCAUGCCAAUCAUGCGACCUUUUCACGUGUGUCUCUUCUUUGCUGUUGAUUUAAUAUGGAGGUCCUAUCCAGAGAUCGUUCUAGUGAAUCAGAUCCUGCAUGUCGUCUUUGUCUUCCUGCCGGUUCUCUGGGUGAUUGGUCUGCUGCCCCCUGUUGAUGCCCUCUUGUUGUGGCUAGGAGAGCAGACGCUUGUCUUGUUGUUCGGAGGGUCUCCAGUUGCAUCUGAUCUAAGGUUGAUUCUGAUGUUACUGGCAUCAGGAGUCACUCUACUGAUUGCCUAUUUUCUGCCAUCCGACAUCGGCAUUGUUGUCUUCUCAGCCUGUGUGGGAUACCUACUGAGCCUUGACCUGAGCAGCUUAUUUAACCAACUCAUUGAUUGGUGCAAGUCAAGACAGCACAACAGACUACAGUCUCUGAACAACCAAUCAAGAGCUGUGUCUAAACAAUCCUUUGGCUGGAAGUGGGGAUGGAGGGAAACCCUCGUGCAUUUUGUUACGCUGCUCGUGAUUGGUGGGAUAUCUUUCACUUGUGCAUACUUUAGAGCGUCAGCCAGUGAGACCCUCCGUAACAUCCUUGGUUAUGGCAUGGUUGCUGCCCGAUGCCUGUUGAAGGUUUUGGGUGAUGCUCAGUCAGUUUAUGUGUUCUUUGGACUGUGGCGGAAUAAACUGUUUCCAGCGAGCAUACAGAACACAUCAACCUACAGCAAACGCAAGAGGAUUCUUCACAGACUGUCUUACUUGUACCGGAUUUUUCUACAUGCAGUUUCUCCCUUGUUGGCGUUAUCGUACCUAGCUUUGUUCCUUGCUCCAACCACUAUCACUCUACCAUCAUUCCUGUUUGCCCUUGGAUGUGUGCGGGCAUUGAGAUGGAUCUGGCAGGACACACCUGGAGCUCUCCUUGAGUUGUCCAUAGUCCAUCUCAUCAACUCUAUCCUGUCCAUAGAUCCUUCCUCCUGGUGGGUCACAGCAGGCCUCGGCAUCCAGCAGUUACUUGUUGGAGCUGUCUUAUCACGCCUCUUUGAGCUUCUUGACAAGCUCUACUGCUUCUUGGUCAUCCUGGUCACGUCUUACUCCAUCGAGAAGCAGCGGCGGUCAUCCAGCAUGCCACUCAUUGUGAUCACAGUCAUUCUCCUUCCCCUCGUCUUAGUUAUCAUUGCCAUAGCGACCGUCCUAUCAGCGCCCCUGCUGCCGCUCUUUACCCUUCCAAUCUUCCUGGUUGGGUUCCCCCGUCCGCUCAGGUCCUGGCCUGGUGCCAUCGGGGCAUCAGCUAAUACCUGCAGUGAUAGUAUCUACUACAAGCAGCUGGUUCCCAAGCUGAGUGCUGCACUGAGCAGAGCGAUUACCGAUGGAAGUCUUGGUAAUCCCACAGCAGGUUGCUACUAUCUUGUGCGUUUUCAAGACCGUAUGGCCUGGAUUCAAGUCCUUGAGGCAGGCUUUGGGUUUUGCAUCCUCAGCAUCAAAGGCAUGGAGCUCCAGGAAACGUCUUGCCACACCGUAGAAGCCGGCAGACUAGACGACAUCUUUGAGACAGCAUUCGAUCGCUCCGGUGGCUUCCCAGUCUGUACCUUCAAUCGUUACCCCAUGAACACCCUCACACCCGUUGAUGCAGUUCCUGUUGAUACGUACUCCGAUGCCCGCAACGUACUGACCGGGAUAAUUGACUCGCCUGAUAUCCUGAGGAGUAUCGACAAGAGCUUUGUGCAGACACUUGUCUGGGUCUUCCUACACCAUAACAGCCAUAGACAUCAUGAUGGCAACAACCUGGCAAAGUCGCCCACUCCGCCCAAGGCUACUUCCCCAAGAGAAGCUGCUGACAAGUGUCGGACAGGAGACUCAUCUAUGAAGCCCGAGGGAACCAAAACAAGCGACAACUGGGAAAAUCGAGACAGCGGCAGGCCAUCCAGCAUCCAGUCCAGACCCAGGUCCCAGGCCAAGCCACGGGCCUCUUCCUGGGGUAGCCUCAAGAGCUGGGAGGAUGACGACUCACUGGACUUUGAUCUAGAUGAGAAGCCUAAGAAGCAGGGCUUCAGCCUGGCCAGUAGAUACAAAGACACUCACAGACCCAAGGAAUCCCCUGCACUGCCUGGAGCCUUGGAAGGAUUCACGGAUGACGAAGAGGAAAUCCUCAAAGAGCUUAACUUUGGUCUGUCUUCUGUUGUCAACACAAAACGAGACCAGCAGAUUUUUCCAAUGCAUUCCAUGCCAAAUAAGUCUCUCAACUUAGCAGGCUCUGUCCAGUUUUCUUCCCGUUACUCCUCCAAGCUGAGUCUCCCUCUCAAAUGGCGACACCUCCCCAUCGACCUGAGUCGCAUCACCUCCCUCUUCAGUCGCUUCCCUAGAGACUGGUAUUGCCACGUCCUGCGACAAAUGGAUCUAUCCCGGGGAGAGAACAGCGCCAAAGAUAUCGCAGACGAGAUUGCAUCUGAUGAUGCGCUGACCACUAUGUACACUCAUCUGACCAUGGCGUGCUAUGCAGUGGUCAAUCUGUUUGGCCUGAGUGGUCAAGAUGUGGUGUCCGCGGGGGCAAGCCAUGUGUAUAAAGUUUACAGCGGUGAUGUCCCAUGGUCCACCAAUCUGGAUUGGUUGAAGGAGGAUGAGGAAUUAUUUGCAUUGGUCAUUAAGGCUUACAGGUUUGCCUUCAAGCUUGCGUACGAUCAGGCUGUGCUGGGAGAAGCAGAGGACUUGGAGGAGAUUAGCGAAUAUCUUCAACAGUACGAGACGGACUAUUACUUUGGCAACGACAGUGAGACAGAGUGGGCGGAGUCUGUGGAAAAGGGGGUGCCCCAACUCUUCUCCCUGGUCCAUGACGCAUCCGAGGGUGUGUAUAAAGGUCGCGUGCUGACCCGCCAACCAGUCAUGGCCCACAUCGGCAGACUGAACUCAGAGGUGGUGCGAUCGCUGUGGGCUUCACUGAACCUAGAGCUGCUCUACUUGACCAACGACGAUGAGGAACGUUACAGCAUCCAGGCGCAUCCUACCAUAUUACGGAACCUGACCACACAGGCUGCAGACCCGCCACUGGGCUAUCCCAUCUAUGCAUCGCCGCCAGUCACCAUACCAACUUUGUAGAUGGCCGACAGUGAUGUAUGAAGUAUGAACACAAGAAGGGACUUGAAAUGAAGGUGCAGGCACCUCACAUUAAGUAAUACUGGUAGUUAUAUCCUUUCCAACUUGUAACUAUUAUUUUAAAGUCAUAAAUAUCUAACACAGUUCACCCAUUCCCAUUGGUCGAGAGCCCGUCAUGUGGCCGGUCUUAAACGGAUGAUAAAGACAUGGCUGGCUGGUCUUAAAAACUUUUCCAGGGUCACAUGAAAUUUUGACUUCAAUGAAAUCCAGUGCCUUUAACCGUUUUAUUGGUUGAAUGUUCACAAUUCUUACGUAGGCAUGUUCAAUACCAGUGAGUCAGAAUUUCAUAGUCUAGUCCUAAAUUCACACUCACCACAGCUGCAUCUGUGCAUCAUGAUCGCGCAGUACGCACAACAUGCCCGCCAAUCUCAAUAAAAGGAGUUGUUUACAUCUUACUCGUGAGCUGGACACUCCAUUAUAUAGCUGGGGUGU